AUGCUUGACCUGCACCUCUUCUCCGUGUCUUUGCGCCGUGUCCGCCGUCGAUCCGCCCGGCUUUCCGCUGUCUGUGGCGGUGCGCGGAGCAACGUUGAUGCGGUGGCGGUGCAGGUACCACUUGCUAACGACUUGAAUAGUUUCACUCUGCUAUACAUUCCAUUGGAUUGGAUCACUCUUCUUUCGGGUAUGCAGAGAAUCAUAACCACCAAAAUUACCUACAGCAAGGUGCUCGACUUUUGGUUCGGCCCCAAAUCCUCUCCAGACUAUCUGCAAGAGAAAUCCUUCUGGUACGGCAGUCCCGCCGAUGACGUACUUGUUCGAAACACCCUCGGAAACGACUACGAGAUAGCCAAACAAGGCGAGCUGGAUCGUUGGAUGCAGGAAGGGCAGGGAGAAGGCGCCCUGGCAUUGAUUCUGCUGCUCGACCAGGUUCCCCGCAAUGUCUUCCGUGGAAAGCCUCAGGCUUAUGCAACGGACUCCAAGGCUCUAACGGCGGCAAGAUACGCUGUCGACCAUGGAUGGGACAAGGAGAUGCCCUCAACUCAGCGACGGUAUCUGUAUUCGCCGUUUAAUCACUCGGAGGAGAUGAAGGACCAGGCGGUUUCGUUGAGAUUGUUUACAGAGUUGGGUGAUCAAUACCAUUUGCAUUGGGCAAAAAGCUUUUACGAGGAGAUCAAGCGGAAUGGCCGAUUUGUUCAUCGGGAUCGCAUUCUGGGGAGAUAA